AAGGCCGAGCGCAGCGUCCCGGCGCCCCGCCGCGCCCUGCAGAGCGGCGUCCGCGCAACACACGCCAGCGAGGCAUCGCACCGUGCCGCCACGUGCGUUGAUGUUGUUGUGCCCCGUUCGACGCGUGCCGGUGUCACCGUCGUGUCGGUACCUUUCGCGUGAGUGUGUCGCUGUCACUUCCUCUGGCGUGGCUGACACUGUCGUGUCACUUCCUCUUGCGUUCGGAGAAACUAUGUCACAGAUGUGGUUCCGCUCAAGAGGGUUCAUGACACGUCAGUAGCAGGAUGGGGGACUUCGAUCACUUCUGCGGCUCCCCGUUCUGGAACAUCACGCGGACAUGGGGCGCGGACAACCCCGACUUCACGCCCUGCUUCGAGAGGACGGUGCUGGCGUGGACGCCAUGCGUGUUCUUCUGGCUGUUCUCGCCCCUCGAGGUGUACUACAUCCUCAGCAGCACCAAUGGCGUCGUCCGGUGGAACUGGCUCAACGUUUCCAAGCUGCUCCUCACACUCGCCGCCAUGGCGGUAUCCUUGGUGGACCUCGGACAUGCGUCUGCAAACGUCGACAAAGCGUUCUCCGUCGACUUCGUCACACCCAUCAUCCGAGUGCUGUCUUAUGCCUGGGCUGCGUUCCUCCUCUACUGGAACCGCUGCAGGGGGUUGAGGACGUCCGGGCUCCUGACCAUCUUCUGGUUCCUGUCGGCGCUCUUCACCAUCGCCGAGUUUCGCACCGAACUCACUGCCGAGAAGUAUGAGCGCGCGGAGGCAGACCGCGGCCGGCUGCAGUUCUACACGACGAUGGUGCUGUUCCCCGUCAUGCUCCUCACCUUCCUCCUCAACUGCUUCGUGGACCAGGAGCCCACCUCGUCGCCCUUCGCCAAGCUGGAGGACCGCUGCCCCGAGUUCGACUCGUCCUUCAUGGGCAAGCUGUUCUUCACGUGGUACGACAAGAUGGCGUGGCGGGGCUUCCGCACCACGCUCGAGCAGAAGGACAUGUGGGACCUGAACCCGCCGGACACGUCCAAGGGCGUGGUGCCGCUCUUCUACAAGCACUGGGACAAGCAGAAGAGGAAGGCUGAAGCGGAGGCGUUCCGCACGGGGAAGCCCAGGAAGAACGUGUCCGUGCUGCCCGCCUUGUUCCGCUGCUUCGGAGGGCCCUUCGCCUUCGCCUCCGCCAUGGAGCUGGUGGGAGACCUGCUCGUCUUCGUCAGCCCGCAGAUCCUCAAGCGGCUCAUGGCCUUCACCGCCAACGAGAUGGAGCCCAUGUGGAAGGGGCUGCUGUACGCCGUGGCCAUGCUCGUCACGGCCUUGCUGCAGACCCUGCUGCUGUCGCAGUUCAACGUCCGCAUGUUCAUCGUGGGCAUGAGGGUGCGCACCGCCCUGGUGUCGGCCAUCUACCGCAAGUCGCUGAGCAUGUCCAACGUGGCGCGCAAGGACAAGACGGUGGGCGAGAUCGUGACGCUCAUGUCGGUGGACGCGCAGCGGUUCCUGGAGCUGGGCACGAUGCUGCCCCUGCUGUGGUCGUCGCCCAUCCAGAUCAUCUUGUCGCUGUACUUCCUUUGGGACCUGCUCGGCAUCGCCGUGCUGGCGGGGCUGGCCUCCAUGAUACUCCUCAUCUUGGUCAACGGCUUCAUCGUCUCCAAGAUGGAGGUGUUGCAGGCCAGCCAGCUGAAGAACAAGGACCAGCGUGCCAAACUAAUGAACGAGAUCUUAAGCGGCAUCAAAGUGCUGAAGCUGUACGCGUGGGAGCCGCCCUUCGGUGACAGAAUCCAGCACAUCCGCCUGAAGGAAAUGGACGACUUCAAGAAGUCAACGUUCUUGCAGGCGGGGAUUAAUACCGCCUACACCAUGGCGCCCUUCUUGGUGAGCUCUCGAUUUUCCAGAGCAAGGGAGCUGGGGCAUGUUGUCAUAGUGAAACGCCCUGGCUUGGCUGCAGGUUCGGAGGACGCGCUGUCCGUGGAGAACGCGUCCUUCUCGUGGCGCCACGGCGAGCCCCCCGUGCUGUCCAACAUCAACCUGCGCGUGGGCCGGGGCCGCCUGGUGGCCGUGGUGGGCACGGUGGGCGCCGGCAAGUCGUCGCUCGUCUCCGCCUUGCUGGGCGAGAUGCAGAAGCAGUCCGGACGCGUCAACUCGGUGGGCUCCGUGGCGUACGUACCGCAGCAGGCCUGGAUCCAGAACGCCAAGCUCAGGGACAACAUCCUGUUCUGCAAGGACUACGACGCUCGGCACUACAACAAGGUGAUAGAGGCCUGCGCCCUCAAGUCCGACCUCGCCAUGCUGCCGGGCGGGGACCAGACGGAGAUCGGCGAGAAGGGCAUCAACCUGAGCGGCGGCCAGAAGCAGCGCGUGUCGCUGGCCCGCGCCGUGUACUGCGACGCCGACGUGUACCUGCUGGACGACCCGCUGAGCGCCGUGGACAGCCACGUCGGCAAGCACAUCUUCGAGCAGGUCAUCGGGCCGGCCGGCAUGCUCGCCAACAAGACUCGGGUGCUGGUGACGCACGGCAUCUCGUUCCUGCCGCGCGUGGACAGCAUCGUGGUGCUCAAGGACGGCACCGUCAGCGAGGAGGGCACGUACCAGGAACUCAUGCAGCGCAAGGGCGCCUUCGCCGAGUUCCUGCUGCAGCACCUGCAGGCCGAGGAGGGCGACGACGUGGUGGAGGACCUGGAGGAGAUCAAGGCGCACUUGGAGAAGGCCGUGGGCAAGGACGAGCUGCAGCGCCAAAUUUCGCAAGUGUCGCUCACCGGCAGCGACGGCGUCCGAUCGCGGAAAGGCUCGGCGGUCGGCUCCCUCAAGCGUGCUGGGUCCGCGCGGUCGCGACGCCGUUCCAGCGCCACCAAGGAGGAGCCCCCGAAGGCCGUGGCCGAGGUGCCCGGCGAGAAGCUGACGGACGAGGAGACGAUGGCGGUGGGCAGCGUCAAGCUCAAGGUGUACGUGCACUACAUCCGGAGCAUCCGGCUCAUCAUGGUGUUCCUCACCAUCCUCUUCAACAUCGUCUUCCAGGGCCUCACCGUCGGUUCCAGCGAGUGGGUCAACACUUGGACCAGCGACCCGGUCAUGCUCAACGCUUCGAAUCCAGGCUUCGACGACAGUCGGGACAAGUACUUGGGGGUGUACGCCGCGUUCGGCAUCGGGCAAGUCGUGUUCAGCAUGUUGAGCUCGUUUGUGUUCGCCCUGGGCUGCAUCGAGUCCUCCAUGGCCCUGCACAACCGCAUGUUCAACCGCACCAUGAAGUGCCCCAUGUCCUUCUUCGACAUGACGCCCAUGGGCCGCAUCCUGAACCGCUUCACCAAGGACAUCGACAGCGUGGACAACGUGCUGCCCCUGUUCAUAAACCAGUUCCUCUAUUUGGCUUUCAUGUGCCUGUCCACCAUCGUGGUCAUAUCGUACAGCACGCCGCUCUUCAUCGCCGUCGUGGUGCCGCUGGGCGUCGUCUACUUCCUGGUGCAGCGCUUCUACGUGUCCACGUCCCGGCAGCUCAAGCGCCUGGACGCCGUGUCGCGCUCGCCCAUCUUCUCGCACUUCAGCGAAACGCUCACAGGUUCGUCGUCCAUCCGCGCUUACGGUGUGGUGGACCGCUUCAUCGAGGAGGCCGAGCAGCGCAUCGACACCAACCAGAAGUGCUACUUCCCGGUGGCCAUCGCCACGCGCUGGCUGGCCGUGCGCCUCGAGACGGUGGGCAACUCCGUCAUCUUCUUCGCGGCGCUGUUCGCCGUGCUCAGCCGCGGCUCGGGCAUCGCGCCCGGCACCGUGGGGCUGUCCUUGAGCUACGCCCUGCAGAUCACGAUGGUGUUGAACUGGGUGGUGCACUUCAUCACUGAGGUGGAGAACAACAUCGUGUCCGUGGAGAGAAUCAAGGAGUACGAGGAGACCCCGCAGGAGUCGCCGCACAUCGGCACCGAGGCGGCCGUGAGCCCCGGCUGGCCCGUGGAGGGCACGGUGGAGUUCCGCAAGUACGCCAUCCGCUACCGCGAGGGCCUGGACCUGGUCCUCAAGGGCAUCGACGUGGCCGUCAAGGGCGGCGAGAAGGUGGGCAUCGUGGGCCGCACGGGCGCGGGCAAGUCGUCGCUGACGCUGGGGCUGUUCCGCAUCGUGGAGGCCGCCGAGGGCCAGAUCCUCAUCGACGGCGUGGACAUCGCCCGGGUCAACCUGCGCACGCUGCGCUCGCGCCUCACCAUCAUCCCGCAGGACCCCGUGCUGUUCGCCGGCUCGCUGCGCGUCAACCUGGACCCCUACACGCAGUUCAGCGACGACGAGGUGUGGCGGGCGCUCGAGCGCUCCCACCUCAAGGCCUUCGUCUCGGGCCUGGCGGCCGGCCUCGGACACGAGGUGGCGGAGGGCGGCGAGAACCUCAGUGUCGGCCAGAGGCAGCUGGUGUGCUUGGCGCGCGCGCUCCUCCGCAAGACGAAGGUGCUCCUGUUCGACGAGGCCACUGCUGCCGUCGACCUGGAGACGGACGACCUCAUCCAGAAAACCAUCAGGGAGGACUUCAGGGACUGCACCAUCCUGACCAUCGCCCACAGGCUCAACACCAUCAUGGACUCGGAUCG